AUGCUAACACAAGCUGGGGUCAUUAGAGAAGAGUGCAAUGGGGUAAUUAUUGACGGCAUCUACUAUGAAAAGGAAGUUCUGAAGUCAGAUAUUGACAGGCCGUACCUCCUGGCAGUAGAUUACAGCACCAACACUGUAUACUUCAGCUACAAUGCUGUUAUGAAUAAUGAUGUCCUAUACAAAACAGCGUUUAUCAACUUGAACACGAAAUCUAAUGGCGACGUCGACGGGGUCACGAACGGUUUCGCUCAGACGGUAGAUCAGAAAACCCACGAAAUAUACAUAGGUGGUAGCGAUGGCAUUUACAAAUACAACCACAAGUCCAAAAAGGCUGAGUUUUUCGGUGCAGCCGACACAGACGUUUGGAUGAUCUACUAUAAAGACAGUCUUUACUAUUCAGACUUUCCCAAGCAAUUCCUGUACACGUACAUAGACGGUGUUUCGACUCGCUUCAAAGACCUAGAAGAUACGAAAGUAGAUCAAUUUGUUAUAGACAAUGAAGAUAUGUUGUUUUAUACCAAUGCUAGCGGGUUGUACGCUCAAAAGAAAGGCACUAAAGAUGCCAUUUUGUACAAUAACAACAAAACUGUACGUAGUCUAGCCACUGAUGUAAAUGGUAACGUUUAUGUUUGUGAAAUUGAUGAUAUUUAUAAAGUUAAUAAGGAAAGACACGCUUUGGACAAAGUGACGGAUGUAGAUGAUUGUUUUGGGUUAGCGUUUGAUAAUGAGAAUAAUAUAAUUUACUCCGAUGCGACUAGUUUGGUGCGUUUUAAACAGAGUUUGAAUAAAGAUUGCUAA